AUGUCUUCCAACAAAAAUCCAAUUUCUAGGAAUGAUCAAUCAGAAUUUCAGGAAUUACGUACCCUUCGUACACUUCGUGCAAGUCUAACAAGUGUAGAUAUUUUCACCAAACAAGUCUUACAAGAUUUAGAAAUAAUGACCAGGAAUUAUGAAACGAUAUCAGCGAUUUGUGAAGGAUGGAAAGUUGAACUAGAAAAAGAACCCUUUGAUUCGGAUAAUAUUAAAUGCAAUGGUGAUGCAUUUACUAAUUAA